GGGCCGGUGAUUUAUGGGGGUCGCAGAUCUUAGCGUGAGCUGCGCCUGUCACGGUCGCGCAACGAAGACGCGUCAAACUAUUUUUCGACUUUGGACAUACGCGCUCCCGCACCAUUUGAUACUUAUUGCGCGACUGGUCAUUGUAUAAGAGGCAUGCCAGCUUCUCGCCUAUGCUGUCUCCUCCCAAGCCCAGAGCGUAUUCGGACCCACUCUCGAACUAUGGACCUGCAAGCAGUGACAUCACGACUGCAGGAGCGACUGUAGUAUGCGUCUAGAGCUACCUAAGGGAGGUUUAAUGGCAACUUCAUUCCUCUCAACAACCUGUAUUCUCCAUUCAUCGCUACCCCCGCUAUCCACCAUGUCAGCGAAAACUCUCAGCAUCAAUUCGACUCUGAGUCUGCCGAACUCGCAGUACAAGAUUCCACAGAUCGGCUUCGGAGUCUACCUAUCUCCAAAGGAUGUGUGCGUUGCUUCAUGUAAGAAGGCCUUCGAGGCAGGAUACCGUCACAUCGACACAGCCCAGUACUACGCGAACGAAGAGCAAGUUGGCCAAGCGCUGAAGGAAAGCGGGCUUCCUCGGGAAGAUGUUUACAUCACAUCCAAGAUUUUGAGCCCUGGAGAGGACGUCGAGUCUACAUACAAGAAGGUCGCCGAGAGCGUUGAGAAGCUUGCUGGAAAGGACGGCUACGCAGACCUGUUCCUCAUCCACAGCCCCAACGGAGGCAAGGAGGCGAGGAAGUUGAUGUGGCUUGCGCUGAAGCAGGCGCAGGAGAAGGGCAUCGUGCGCGACAUUGGUGUCAGCAACUACGGCAUUCAGCACAUCGAUGAGCUCGCCUCCAUCGAUAGCAAGGCCAGCCUACCUGCUGUCAACCAAAUUGAGCUUCACCCAUGGUGUCAACAGCGCGAGGUCGUCGAGUAUUGCAAGUCCAAGAACAUCGUCGUCGAAGCCUACUGCCCGAUCGUCCGCAACGAGAAAGCCAACGACGCGACGCUCGCCAGCAUCGCUAAGAAGCACAACAAGGAGCCAAACCAGGUUCUCAUCCGAUGGAGUCUGCAAAAGGGCUAUGUUCCUCUUCCCAAGAGCGACACACCAUCCCGCAUUGUUGGCAAUGCCGACAUCUACGGUUUCGAGCUUGACAAGGAGGAUAUGGCUAAGCUGGACGGUCUAGAUCAAGGAGCCAAGGGCGCUAUUGUGCAGGCCGUAACCAAUGCUUAAGCUGCGUUUCUUGCCUCACACAUCGUUAACAGGCGUGUAGAUGAACAAUCGGUCAAGGAACAUGGCGAACGCAUCCGCAGCUGGGAUCAAUUCUAUGCGUACAAUGUUGGAGGAAGCCUACAGGAACCGGGCGCCCACGUAUUUCAUGCCUGGUCCUCGGUUCAGUGUACAGUUUCUAGACUGGAUUAGCAAGCGAGCAUAGCCUCUCGCCCAUAGUUGAUUCACUUGGAUGCUGUGUCCUGUAGCUAGAUCACCUACCUACGCAUCGCCUGAAUGCAGAUACAAGCAACUACAUUUUGACUGGAUGCUCACAUGUGAGAGACC